GUGACAAAGCAUCGCUGUUAUCAGGGCCUGGGAAUAUCAUAAUGCUCAUACCCACUUAUAAGGUUGUGUGUGCUUCGGUAGACGCGUACACAGCUAUUGCCGUCUCUUCAGAGUUGACAUCAUGCUGUGUGUGCGGUUGCUGUUGCUUGUGGCAGUUGUGGGGACUGACGAAGUGCAGUACACAGGCGCGGUGCUGGAACAUGAGCCCUACAGUAGUUGGGAGGCUGGAGGAACUGCCAUCUUGCAAGAAAAUGCUCGUAUCUUCCUAGAGCACGCUGCCCUCGCCAAACAGCAGGGCGCCGACAUCAUAGUGUUUCCAGAGUACGGCCUCACCAGCAACAACUUGGAGGGCGGAGAUGUGCUGUCCCUUGCCCAGGUGGUGCCGCAUCCAGCAGACCAGGUGGUACUGUGCCUCCUCAACAAGACCAGCAGCCACACUCAGGUGUUGCGUGAGCUGAGCUGCGGUGCUGCCCAACUAAAACUGUACCUGAUAGUGGACCUCAUAGAGCUGGUUCACUGCAGCCCUAACCAAAUACUGGAUUGCCCCGACGUGGGCUACUACCUGUACAACACCCAGGUGGUUUUGGACCGCUGCGGGACACUGGUGGCCAGGUACCGCAAGAAGCACCUAUUCCUGGAGGCAGGGAUCACCGCCGGCGACGAGAGCGACGCCACCGCAGUCUUCACUACUGACUUUGGAGUCACUUUUACGUUGCAGAUUUGCUUCGACAUCCUGUACGAGUCCCCGGGCGUAGCCAACGUGGAGGGCGGAGUGCGUGAUGUUGUAAUGAGCACCGCCUGGAUGGACGAGCUGCCCUUCCUCACAGCUCCUCAAAUGUUUCGGGGUUGGAGCGCCGGACUUGGGGUAAACCUGCUUGUCGCCAAUUACCACAACACAAGGAAGGGCAUGCAGGGGUCUGGACUCUUCCCUGGUGCCUCUGGACAACUAUCAUCCUACACUUACGAUCACCACCACAGCGGCUCUACCCUCCUUGUGGCGUCCCUCGCCACUAACACGUCUACUGGCCACUCGACGAGGGUAUCCAGGUCCAGGAAGGACUUAUUUGAGGGUGGAGAACAACAUAGAGGAGCACAACAGAAGCCACAGCCGCAGGAAAUGGUAUUCAAACACGAGGACCUGUCCCGCUACAAUCACUUGCUACUGGAGGAGGCUGCUUCCCCUAUCACGGCCUCGCUUUGUCACAACGACGGGCUGUGUUGCAGCGUCACCUACACUUUCCUCGGCAACACUUCGACGACUGAACACUACAUGCUACUGGCUUACAGCGGGCUGGUGGAAAAGGGCGGAGGCGUGUACUCUAUGUACACUCAAGUGUGUUCUGUUGUUUUCUGUCUUAGUGAUGAGGUCAACUCUUGUGCUCGUGUUGAGGGUGAAGACCCACCGCUGGCGUCCAGUUUUCUGCUUCAGGAAGUUAGUGGCAUGUUUGAGGACCUUCAUGUUUUUCCUUCUGUAAUGAGUCGGGACCUGACCCUGGUUUCAGAGCAGCUCUGGAACUUUGACAGUAUUCCCUUGAGCAGCAGCAACCAACAAGAGGCUAUCAUCCACGUCAAGAAAGAAACUGACCCCUUACUCUCUGCCACCCUAAUGGGUCGAUGGUAUCAGCGCGACUUAGUGUAUCAUUCAGGGCUGCGGUAGCAAUGGCAAUACACAACUCUGACAAAACUGUAAUUUAUCUGAAGCAAUAAACCUUGCAAAGAAA